GCUUGAAUACUGCCAGUACGCAGGACGAAAACUCUGAACAGGACAGUUCAACUGGCCAGCGCGUACUGACCAUUUAUGAAAAGAACGAUGUUCUUCGCACGAAAGGCUCUGGACAAAAAAUCCUUACAGUGGAGUUCAUGAAGAAAUAUAUCCACAUGGCCAAAAUGGUGCAACCUAGCUUAACGCAAGAAGCCUGUGAAGUUAUUGCCGAAGAAUACGCUCGUUUACGAUCCCAGGACGCAGUGGAAAAUGACGAGUCGAACAACACAGCAGUCGGUGGCGGUCGAUCGAAAAUGGCCCGUACGCAACCCGUAACCGCUCGUGCCUUGGAAACCUUGAUCCGUCUUGCCACAGCCCACGCGAAAGCCAGAAUGUCGAGAAAAAUUGAG